CCUCAAGAUUUUGGGCAGCCAUUGCGUUGCCGCGGUGGGUACGAUGGAGCGCGAAUGGCUGCCCGAGGAAGGCGAAGUGGCCCUGGAGGCAGAACAGGGAGCGCCAGCGGCGGAGAGCCCCGGCGUGACCCGGCGACGCCAGGAAAUGCAGGCUUUUGCCGCACGAAGGGAGGCGCCGCCGCCGCCGCCGGCUCAGGAGCAGACGGUGGAGGUCCACGCGCCGCAGGGUCCGCUCGGCAUCGUGUUCGAGCGCAGCAGCACCGUGCUCUCCCGAGUUAAGGACUCGUCGCCGUUGCUCAACAAAGUGCAGGUCGGCUGGACGCUCGUUAGCGUCGACGGCCAGGACGUGAGCCGCAUGGACGGCUGGGCGGUCACAAAAGAAAUCAGUGCGCGCAUGCACGACCCGGACGGGCGGCGGUUAAAAUUCAAGACGGUUGACGGCAAAGCGCUGCCCGCGGAGGCCGCCGGCGAGGCGCUGCCCGCGGCCGAGCCCGCGGCGCCCUCGAAGAGCCCGCGCCUGGGCUUCUGGGCCGCGGGCAUGGCGGCCUCGGCCGGCGCGCGCGCGCGGACAUCGAUUGAAGAACAGCCAGUCGACGGCGAGGUCGUGACGAGCCCCAUCUCGUCCGAGAACGCCGUCGUCGUCGACGCGGAGGCGCUGGAACCCGGAGAAACGGCGCAGAUGGUCAACGUCGAUGCACCGCCGGGCCCGCUAGGUCUUGAUUUCCAGCGCGGCAGCACUGUGCUCUCCGAAGUUGAGGACUCAUCGCCGUUGCUCAACAAAGUGCAGGUGGGCUGGACCCUCGUCAAAGUAGAUAGUGAAGAUGUGUCUCACAUGAACGGCUCGCAAGUCGCGACACGGCUGAAGAUGCGCUCGCGCAACCCGCGUCGCCACCUCGAAUUCAAGCCUGCGUCGUCCAAUAUAAUCGUCGACGCGGAGCCCGCGUCGCCGGCGCCGGACCCCGCGUCGCCGGCGCCGGACCUCACUGAGGAGCAGCGCGCCGCGCUGGCCGCGUUCGCCGAGAUGGACACUGAUGGCGACGGCGAGCUCUCAGCGGACGAGAUCCACCAGGCGCUCUCCAAGAAGAACGACGUAAGCCUCGCGCGCGUGAAGGAACUCGUCGCCAAGGCCGACACCGACGGCAGCGGCCUGGUGAGCAGAAAAGAGUACGUCGACGCCAUCGCCGCGGACCUCGUGCCGGAAGGUUGGCUCGGAUUCUUGGGCCGGCGCCUGACGCAGCUCACGGAGCGGGCGGAGCCGGCGGGCCUCGUCACCAUCGACGCGCCGCCGGGCUCCCUGGGGCUCGUCUUUGAACGCGAGAGCACGGUCAUUAAAAAGGUGCUGGAGUCUUCGCCUCUACUUAACAAAGUGCAGGUGGGGUGGACGCUCGUGAGCCUGAACGCCUUCGACGUGGUCGACCUCGACGGCUGGGCCGUCACGAAGGUCCUGCAGUCGCGAGCGGACAACCCGCAGAGGAAACUAAUAUUCCGCCAGGAGCAGCCGCGCCGCGCAUCAUCCGACCAGGAGCAGCCCGGCCUGCUCGGCCGCGCCGCCGCUGCAUUGCAGGCGCUGUCGCCGCGCGGCCGGUCCGAAGCCGUUAAAACGGCCGGUGAGUGGCGCGACGAGUUUGAUACAGAGAUUGAGCUGCCGCGGCCGUUGCGGGAGAACGAUCACCUGCGGAUCUCGGGAUCUGGCGGCGUCGCCACGCUGAACUUGCUCGUGGGCAAGCUGGGCGACAAGCCCGUCGGCCCGCCGUUCUCUCAAGGCGAGAGAAUCGAGGCCGACUGGCAGGGCCGUAAUUGGUACUACCCGGGCAGGAUCGCGAGUGUGAACACCGACGAGACUUAUAAUAUUAAGUACGAUGAUGGCGACAGCGAGAGUAACGUACCCUCCCGCCGCAUUCGGCCGCACCCGAAGAAUCGCGACAUAGUACUUCACUUCAACCCGCGGCAUCCGGAGGGUUGCGUCGUGCGCGACAGCCGUGUGCAGGGCCGCUGGAAACAUCAGGAGCGCGACGGCGGCUAUCCGUUUCCGCACUCUGAGACUUGGAGCUACGAGAUCUGGGUGAAGGAUAGAUCCGUGACGAUGAGUGUCAACGGCCGCCUGUUUGGCACCUUCGACUUUCGUGACGGGCGCUCGGCAGGCGACAUCCUCUAUGCGUCCGUGGAUAAAAAGCAUGGUUGCCAAGACGGCGAGACGCGUGCGUUUGUGCUCAAAUUUGUCGAAGACGAGCCGGUGCCUCAAAUGCCACCGGCUCGUGUUGAGACGACCAUCAGCAUCGACGACCGACGCAAUAUGGGGUUAACCCUCGGUAACGUGUGUACAGGAGGAGAACCACGCACCUUCGACGAGAGAGCCGCGGUGCGUGCGCUGCAACCUGCUUGGCCCGAGAAGCGCGCGAGAGAGUUCGCCAGUGACAUCAGCGACCUUGUGGAGAGCUAUGAGUCGGAGGCUAGUGCGGGACCGUGGAUUAUGCUCGCCACGCUCGUUCUUUGGGCCAUCAUUGUUAUCGUGAUGGUGACCACAUUGUCCCUUCUCUGA